AUGCCAAAAAAGGCCCCGACACAACAAAAGCCAACCCCGAGCCAGAGCGUUAUGGGAAUAGAAGUGGCCUGCACGAUGUUUGCCGUGAGGUUGAGGUUUAUCACAGAUCCUAGCCUGGACGCAGUGAGUGUGAACCCCAUGGCGAGUGCCAUGCGGUCGUGCCUGAAGAACUGCGCGGAGAUGGUGUUCUGCACGAGGGUGAUGGAACCACCGCCCAUGCCGAAGAUGAAGCGACCUACGAGCAUCAAGCAGUACUGGAACUCCGGACCCGCCAUGUGCAGCGAUGCCCCCAUGGCGAAUACUAUCUGUCCGAUGGUAUACAGGGCGCAGAAAACUGAGCAGCCUACGUGCGUGCCGUAG